AAUAAUUUCUUGAGGCUAAUUAUAUGUACAAUUUAAAAUGGAAUAUAAUUAAUUCGACAUUAAAUUCCACGCAAAACACGGAUGUAUUUACCAUGCCAACCAAUUACCAUGGACAACCUCGCUGCAUUAAAUACACUCCCGAAUACUGGGCAAAUAUAAUAUAUACGCACACCUGCCACAAACUCACACAUUCAGCUAUUUGUAUUUGCACCUAGGGCCAAUUGCAGUUGUUUACACUUGAGUUGGCCAGCUCAGCGCAAUCGGCACAACUACAAAGGGACAGUUGGCAGCAAAAAACCAUGGCAUCGGACCGAAGAAAUAGCCAACUUACUGUGAGCGACCACAUUUGGACAGCUGAUAAACUUAACCCGAAAACCGACAACACCGAAAGCCAAACAACUCGUCAGCUUUCAAGUUUUGAAAUCAGAGAAAGAGUCUGAUCAUUCGCUAGCUCAAUUAUCUCAAUCGAUUUGGACAAUCAUCAGAUGCAAUAGGCAGCAAUUUGCAUGUUUUAAGCUACUGACUUUCUUGGUGCUUGGUGCUAACUGCAGAAAUACCUUUAAUUAUAUCCAUAUAAAACCACAUAAAAAUAAGACAUGUGCCGCCAACGCAUUUCAUUUUGAUUUUAUUUUUAUAUUUUGCCUGGUUUUAUGUUGGGGUUGGCGUUUUUCCAUUUUUUGCCAUUGUUAUCGAGAAAUUUACACGAAUUUUCAACUUGUUGCUGAAAUAAAAAAAAGUUUAAUAAGUCUAAACAAUCAGUUUUUUGUCGGUCCUAAAAAUGUAGACCUAUGCAGAUAGUUGUGGGUAAACGCUUAAGUCCGACAGCCGUCUGACGCCAGUCAGCGGACAAGUCAGUUACAGUGCGAGUUAAAAGUAAUGGAACCUGAAAAAAGGUAAUUGAAGUUUAUUAAUUUGUAACUAUAAGAAAACAUACAAAACAUAUAUUCCUAAAGGCUAAAUAAAAAAAUCGAACCUCAGCUUAAUGCUCAAAAUGUAUAAUGUCAUUCGCAAAAGAUUUCUUUGAGCCACUGUGCCAUAAGAGUCAACAGUUGAAUAAGGGUCAAUGAGCUUAGCUUUGUGGACAGCAAGUGCGGAGAUCGAUGGAACCCAGCUCUGUUAGAAUCUUUAGAUUUGACUUUGGCAAAAAUUAACCAUAGAUCCAAAAGUUGGCAGCCGAAAGAGGCGAGAAGCCAGAAAUCGAGAAGAAUCUAAUAUAUAUGUAAGAAUGGCAAAAACUAAUCGCUGGAAAUUACAAAAGCGGGAAGGUCAACUUUUCGACUGUCCAUUGGGGGGUUCAAAGGUAAACCUGUUCUUAAUUCAAAUUCUCUUCCUCUAUGAAAAAUACAAAAAAAAGCCGAACUGAUCUUAAAAUUCUUCUUUUUGCCAACGUGGUUUGGUUCGCACGCAACAUGUUCUUUUAAACCGAAAAAAUGACUAUUAUGGUUGGAAAACCAACUGAUCCAAUAGAGGAUAUUGAAACAAGUGCCCAACAGUAGAUUCCUUGCGCUGAAAAUAAAGGCACUCUGCUGUUUGGACGACCUAAAUAAAUAUGUCUAAGUAGAUUAAUGUCAGAUGUCGGGUAAUAAUAAAAAUGUUGCCACAGACAAAUGGGCUACAGUCACGUCCACAAAAUCAGUCAGCCCGCGCACAAAGAGCGUUGAAAGAGCGAAUAAACAGAGCUGAAGAGAGUCGAAGAAAAUGGUAAAAGCAAACAGUGGUAAGCCGCCGCUGCCAACGUCUUAAAGUUGGCCAAAAAGGCGGCCAAGAGCCCCAAGGAACAUUCAGUCAAGCCGCGAUCGCCGAGCUCUACGGACGUCUAUUUCUAAAGCUCUAAAUCUUCGAGUCGUGAAUCGGAGUGAAUUCAAGUGUCGACCGGGAAAUUCUUUCGGCCAAGAAAGGUCUUUAAAAACUAAGAUCUCAAGCGAUUGUGUUUUUGUGUAAUUGACGUUCUCUGUUGAUGUCUCUGAACGCCGAGCGAUCGUACAAAAUGAAACUGCGCGAUGUGGAAAAUGCCUUCAAAUACCGGCGCAUACCGUAUCCCAAGCGUUCCGUGGAGCUGAUCGCCCUGCUAGCUAUUUCGUGCACCUUCUUCCUGUUCAUGCACACCAACAAACUGAACAGUCGCCUCAAGGAGAUGGAGGUGAAGCUGCAGCCAUCCGAGUUUUCGGCCCUGGGUCUAACGGGCAACCACAUCAGCGGACACGAUGCGGGCAAGCACGAUGACAUCAACACCCUGCACGGCACCUUCCAAUAUCUGAAGAGCACUGGCCAGUUAGGUAGCCUAACACCUAGCCAACUGAACAAUACAGCCAAGGCCGAAAUGGAUCGCCUGUUUUUCACGAGAUGUGCGAAAGUGGGCAGCGAGUCGCUUGUGGAGUUUAUGGAGCAUCUGCAGGAUAUUAACAACUUCCAAGUGGAUAAGUACGGAAUGAACAAGAAAUCGAAAAGGCAACUGAAACCACUGGCUCAGGCUGCGACUGCUGGUUAUAUCUAUAACUUGGACGAGGGAUCCGUCUACAUAGAGCACAUCCCUUGGAUCGAUUUCAACGACUACAAUCUACCCAAGCCCAUCUUUAUAAACCUGGUUCGAGACCCAGUGGAGCGCAUGAUAAGCUGGUAUUACUACGUCAGGAACUCCUACAGGAAUGCCAUUUUCUACCGCAACAAUCCCCUGGCUCCUCUUAAGCCCACGGCCUGGUUCAAGAAGAGUUAUAACGACUGCGUGAGGACUGGUGACCCCGAAUGCCAGUAUGUUCCUCUGGCUGUUCGCGAUGUGGAGGGAAACUUCAAGAGACAGUCAAUAUUCUUCUGCGGUCACGAUCAGGACUGUUUACCCUUCAAUUCUCCCCUGGCUGUUCAGAUAGCUAAACGUAGGGUCGAAACGGAAUACGCAGUGGUGGGAACUUGGGAGGAGACCAACAUAACUCUAACUGUUUUGGAGCACUAUAUACCACGUUAUUUCGCUAGAGCUAAAAUGAUCUUUCACAUGUAUCAAAAGUCCCUACAGAAUCGCAAUCGCAACAACAGAAAGCCGCACGUGGAUGCAGAUGUCAGGGCCAUGGUCAGGCGGAAUUUCACCCAUGAAUACGACUUUUAUUACUUCUGCAAACAGCGUCUUUAUAUGCAGUACAUAGCCCUUAAACGAACGGAAUUGGAACGGAUGAAUUUCCCCUAAAUUCGUAGCAUGAACUUUUAGUUUUUGACAUAGUUUUUCUGUAGCUCGUUAAUAAAGUACUCAAUAGAAAUGUUA